CACGGAUUCACCACAUCCAUCUCGUUUACCUGAAGACCAUAGCAGAUUAAAUCCGACCGAGUGGCUGGUCAUGGCGACUACUCAGGUGCAAACUCUACUACGCUUCUUGUCUCAGGACGCCAAAAUCCCAUUGGCAACCGCUAUGAGCAAAGUCAUGGCGCUACAGAAGUCAGGCCUCACAACCGCCGAGCAAAUCUCCAAGGCAGAGUUCAAGACACUCCAAGACAUAUUCAAGGACGACAAGCUAGCGAAGCAGGCAUUCAAUUCCGCAAAGCGAGUAUCCAAAAAGCGCGCAGCUCCAACUGAGGGCGCAUCAUCACCCCAGAAGAAGACGAAAGGUCCAGUUAAAAAAGAAGAAACCGUUCCAUUUGAAACGGAGCGCCUGCUGUCCCUUCCGAUGUCGUCGGCAGCCGAUAAUGAGCUGUCGAAUGUUGUCAUACUCACCAACAGAGCUCCUCUGGUACUUGCCUUUGCCGUUAGUGUUUUGAGACAUACAAUGCCUGAACAACCUGUUUCUAGCAGGUUGAGCCUAGCCCAGGCGGUGGUCAGUGCGAAUAGUCGCUCAAAGGCCGUCAGCAUAGGUAUUACAAGUGGAGAUUCUGCUGAGCAAGAAGGCUGGGGUGAAGGACAGCCAGUGAUCAAAAUACUAGGCAGAGAAAUAAAGGUCUUGAAAAGAUGGGAUUACAACCCCAGAGAAGGCCAACCCCCAGAGGAGGAUUGCACAAGCAAAGAUGCAACGUUGCCAGGUAAUCCAGAUGAAGUCUUCGGACAAUAUACCUCCGAUGAGUCGGAAGCUACGCCACCGUUAUGGGGUAUCGACCUUGAAGCCUUGCGAGGUACGCAAAAUAGUACUUCUCAAUCCCCCGAAACUAAGAGCGCUCUCCCUAUCUUCACCCCCAAUUCUGCACGGUCUUAUCUAUACCGAUCGUUCACAGUGGCCCGCGAUCAAAACACUGAGGGAAAGGGCAAGUCCGAGCAAAAAAGCAAGUCUGAGAUAGAAGGCGAGAAAGAGGAAUGCUUGGGACAUCUCUUACGCAGCAUUGACAUGGUCUGCCGGUCCUGGGCCCCUUUCCUCGACAAGGACGAUCUAGAUCGGCGAGCAUGGGCUUGGUAUUUACACGUCAGACCUCCAGUCCAAGGUGGAGUCGGGGGUUGGGGGGAGAAAGGGCUGGUGAGGUUGUCCGACAUCCUGGCUCUGAGAAGGCAACCAUGAAUGUCGUCAACGGGGUUAAUUUAUUCGCAAUCAAAAGAUCCUAAACGGGUCAGAUCAGAAUUCGGCAGUGUCAGGGGGACUUGUGGCUCCCCAGAGCUAACCCAUUAGGUUAGCUUCAACGUAAAGUUGACGGCGGUACUCCGUAGAGGCCAACUUUUUUUCAGCAGUCCAGGACACCUGAAUCAAUUGAUGGCUCAGAAAGAGCAGCUAUGUGGGUCGAUAGAUCUCGUAAUCUAAGGCUGAAGAGGUGACAGGUUUGACCGAACGUUCGAUGGGUUGUUCAGUUGGCUUGUAGAGAUAACUUUCCACGGAAUAUGAUCGAGGCCGAUUCUCGAAC